AUGGAAGUGACCAGGUACCAAUUCUCCAGGACAACCAGCAACUCUGAGGAAAGGGUUCUAGCUCAUUUCAGUAACAUACUGCUAGUGCUGGACGAGAUGCCAAACUUCCCUGAGGAGCUCCAAGGGGCAAAGAAAGGGAUUCUGUAUCUCACACAGUACAAAAUGAUAUUCCAGCACAAGGACAAGGGCUCCACGACCAUCCGCUUUCCACUUCAGCUCCUGGGGGACUGUAUGAUAGGGGAGGAGCUGAGCUCCAGACAGCAAUAUAUCAAAGGGACUAUUACUUCCAGUCAAGGUGUUCUCACCUUCAAAUUCAUCUUCCUGUCUGAAGCCACUGAUUGCCUGAAUAUGAUCAAAACCCUGUCUUCAGCAGAUACAUUAAGAGAGGCUGCUAAUCUUCAGGACUAUCCAACAGCCUCCAUCUACACCUAUGCCCACCCAACAGCACCUCGGGUUCCCCGUUCGCUCAGCACACUUCCAUAUUGGCCACCCCCCUAUCCUGGCCCACCAGAGUUACCUCCACCCUACUCUGAAGUGGAAUCCACAAGCCCAAGAGAGAGCCAAGAGGGCUGCUGCCACUGCAGGGCCCUGAGAACCCAAGAACAGACAGACAGGCAGAACUGA